AUGGACCCUGCUCAAACCACAACCGAUAAUGGCGUCGCCACCGAACCUGCCGUCCCCAUCGCCAGUAUUACUGAACAACCAAAAAUAGCGGAAGCCAAAAGCCCUGCGGCAGAAGAUGCCUCUCCUGAGGUCGCAGAUGUGGCAGACACUACACCAGCCGAUAAAAAGGAGAAUGAAUUGAAGGAAAUGAAAGCCAAGUGGCCUGGGUGGCCCGGCUACACGGUGUACCGGAUAGUGGUGCCGGUGCUGAAAGUCGGCAGCAUUAUUGGGCGCAAGGGAGAUCUCAUCAAGAAGUUAGUUGAGGAGACUCACGCUAGGGUUCGAAUCCUCGAGGGCCCUCUCACCUCCCCCGACCGCAUUGUUCUGAUUUCUGGGAAGGAAGAACCAGAAGCACCCUCGUCUCCUGCUAUAGAUGCUGUAAUUAGAAUAUUCAAACACAUCAAUGGACUGCCUGAGAACAAUGGUGAUGGCGAGGCCCUUGGUGCUGCUGGAAUUGCAUUUUGUUCGAUUCGAUUAUUAGUGGCAUCCUCCCAGGGCAUUAGUAUAAUAGGAAAACAAGGCUCUUUGAUUAGGUCAAUUCAGGAGAGCACUGGUGCCUCUAUCCGCAUUCUUUCCAAUGACGAAAUGCCAGUUUAUGCCAGUUCCGAGGAAAGGAUUGUCGAAUUACAAGGGGAAGCUCUCAAGGUUCUCAAAGCUUUGGAAGCUGUGGUGGGGCACCUGCGAAAAUUCUUGGUGGAUCAUACUAUUCUUCCCCUAUUUGAGAAGAGUUAUAAUGCACCACUCACUCAAGAACGGCAAGUAGACUCUUUGUCUGACAAGACAUUGCGGCACACUACUCCUAGGACCUCACUUGGGAAUUAUUAUCCUCUUCAAAUGAAGCAGGAUUCUUUAUAUCUUGAUCAUGAAAGUCAAAUGGAAGCACAAAUCCCUUCUUCUAGAUUCUCAUUGUAUGGAUCAGAUCAUGGACUUGGAAAUCGUUCUUCAGCAGGAAUAAAAUCUAGUGGACCAAUUGUAACUCAGAUUGCUCAGACGAUGCAAAUACCACUCGCUUAUGCAGAGGAUAUCAUUGGGGUUCAAGGAGCAAAUAUUGAUUACAUUCGACGUACUAGUGGUGCCAUCCUUACCGUACAAGAGAGCAGAGGCCUACAGGAUGAAAUCACCGUGGAAAUAAAAGGUACCUCUUCACAAGUUCAAUCAGCUCAGCGACUAAUUCAGGAAUUCACCAGUGGUUAUGGAGAAACACUUCCCGAAACUUAUAGCAAUCUGGAAUUGAGUUUGAGGCCUUCCUACUCUCAGCUUGGCAGUGGGUCCUACUCAUCCUCAUUGUAUAGGGAACAACCUUAUGAUGGCUAUGGAUCAUCUCGCCUUGGAGGAUAUCGGUAUUUCUCAUGGUCCUGUCAUCUGUGGAUAGAGAAUAAUGACACAAUUGUCCGAAGGGGCAAUCGACUUACCUUUCUAAUUACAUUAUCAAUGACCAUUUUAUAG